AAAAAGAGAGAGAGAGAGAGAAGGAGAGUCAGGGACAGGCAGUGCUGAAAAGGAGAGCACAAAGAGAAGGAAAGUGGAGCAGGGGAGGGGAACAGGAGGCUGGGUGAAGGGAGAGGGAAAGACAAAAGAAGGAGAAGGGAGACAUAGCAGGGUGAACGGAGGGGACUGAGCAAAUGGCUACGGAGGAGACGGCGGGGGGAGCCAGGAAAGCCACCAAGAGCAAACUGUUUGAGUUCCUGGUCCAUGGAGUGCGUCCUGGCAUGCCGUCUGGAGCGAGGAUGCCCCACCAGGGAGCUCCCAUGGGCCCCCCCGGCCCACCGUACGGAGGGAGCCCAGCGGUGCGGCCCGGCCUGCCCUCUCCGGUUAUGGAGCCCAGUCGUAAGAGGCCUGCCCCCUCCCAGCAGGUCCAGCAGCAGCAGCAGCAGCAACAGCAGCAGCAGCAGCAGCAGGCCGUUCAAAACCGGGCCAGAAAGAAGCCAGUCGGAUUCCCCGGAGCCAAUGAGAUGCCGGCGAGGCAGAUGGACAUGAGAGAGCCCCAAUCAGAUCCCACGCUCGGAUCAAAUGCUAAGAGAAGGAAAAUGGCAGACAAGAUUCUUCCGCAAAGGAUCCGUGAGCUGGUCCCAGAGUCUCAGGCCUACAUGGAUCUGCUGGCGUUUGAGCGCAAACUGGACCAGACCAUCAUGCGCAAACGUGUGGACAUCCAGGAAGCACUGAAGAGACCAAUGAAGCAGCAAAAGCGUAAACUGAGACUUUACAUAUCCAACACCUUCAACCCCGCCAGACCCGACGCUGAUGACUCAGACGGCAGCAUUGCAUCAUGGGAACUGCGAGUGGAGGGAAAGUUGCUGGAUGAUCCGGGGAAGCAGAAGAAGAAGUUCUCUUCGUUUUUUAAGAGCCUGGUGAUUGAGCUGGACAAAGACCUCUACGGUCCUGACAACCACCUGGUUGAGUGGCACCGCACUCCCACCACCCAGGAGACGGACGGCUUCCAGGUGAAAAGGCCGGGAGACGUGAGCGUGCGCUGCACUCUGCUGCUGAUGCUGGACUACCAGCCUCCCCAAUUUAAGCUGGACCCUCGCCUGGCUCGCCUGCUUGGCAUUCACACUCAGACCCGCUCCUGCAUCAUCCAGGCGCUCUGGCAGUACGUCAAAACCAACAAGCUGCAGGACUCCCAUGACAAGGAGUACAUCAACUGUGACAAGUACUUCCAACAGAUUUUUGAUUGUCCUCGGCUGAAGUUCUCUGAGAUCCCUCAGCGCCUCACCAACCUCCUCUUACCUCCUGACCCCAUCGUCAUCAACCACGUUAUCAGCGUGGAUCCCAACGACCAGAAGAAGACGGCGUGCUACGACAUCGACGUAGAGGUGGAAGACCCCCUGAAGAGCCAGAUGAGCAGCUUCCUCCUCUCCACUGCCAACCAGCAGGAAAUCGCCUCGCUCGACAACAAGAUUCAUGAGACCAUCGAGUCCAUCAACCAGCUGAAGAUCCAGAGGGACUUCAUGCUCAGUUUCUCCAGAGAUCCCAAGGGCUACAUCCAGGACUGGCUCAAAUCCCAAAGCCGAGACCUUAAGCUAAUGACAGACGUGGUGGGGAACCCCGAGGAGGAAAGGAGGGCGGCGUUUUACCACGAGCCCUGGUCCCAGGAGGCCGUCAGCCGCUAUUUCUACUGCAAGAUCCAGCAGAGGAGACAGGAGCUGGAACAGGCCUUAGCUGUGCGCAACACCUAAACCAAGGCCCUCCUGAAUCCCUGCAUCUGACUUCAGAGCUGUGUGUGUGUGUGUGUGUGUUUGGAUGUGUGUGGGGCCAUCGCUGUAGUCUGGUGAAACCUUAAACCUCUAAACUAAAAAAAGACAGCAUUUGUCACGAAAUUUGAGCUGAGAGGAGGUUGUUUUCCUCACGACAGCAGCGAUGCGCACGUGUGGAAUCCAGAUUUCGACGCACAUACGCGGUCGCUGCAUAUUUGUUCAGUUUUGCCCAGGACUGUGAGAUUAUCAUCAUUAAACCGCAUGCAUUCACCCCCACCCACCCACUGGAGGUCAAGCCCCUCAGAACACAGGCAUCUUCAGACUCACUGCCUAAUAAACACAACUCUCCUCUUUCCGUCCGCUACUCUCUGCUUUUGUAAAUAUGUUGCAAAACGCGUCAAGACAAACUCCGAAAAUCGGCUGCUCACUCACUCACGCCGCUGUGGUAUUUUUUGGAUUCCUCGACUCGAAGAGUUUGAUACUGUGUCCGACAGAAAUGUAACAUGACGUAAACCCGUGUCACAGUCGACCCUCACAGCGCUCUGGAUGAGACUCUUUUAUGUUUUCCAAAUCCUUUUUUGAUCCUUUGUUUUUGUGGUUGUAAGUGUGACUGUGUGUUUUUUUUAUUUGUUCUCAUUAGUGGAGUAGUUUUGAUUAAAGAUUGAUUAAUUACACCAGCAAAGUCGAGAUUACAGUGUGACACAUUCGGGGGGGUUGCAGGGAAUCAACGCUAUCUAUUAAACAUGAGGUGUGGAUUUAAUUCAUUUUCAAGUUUGAGUGAAUUAAUUGGAAAACCUCCAGCGUGUCUCAUUUUAGUCUUAUAAAAGAGUCUUUUUACAGUAAUUCCUACAACAGUAUUAGUUACGUGAUCUAAAGUAUUAUCGCAGUAACGGCUCUACGUCUGUUUAUAGCAAGAAUAGUGUUUUAAUGAAGGAGAAACAAGUAUUGAUCAUCAUAAGAAUAGCUUUUUUUCUUCCCUUAAUCAUUAGCAAAAUGACAAAUAUGCCUCUACAUGUUGGGAGUUGUCGACCGAUUUGUUUGGUCAGAGUCGCUCACUGCCUCUUCCUUGUGUGGUGUUUUUUUUGCCAGUUAAUGUCAUGAAGGUGUUACCAAAGGUUGCAACGAGAAGAAGAGAACAUGAUCACUGAAAUAGAAGUGGGCAAGAAAUUCCUCACCUGGGUUUAACAUGAAAGUGCAACGAUGUCUUAACAAAUCUGAACAAUUUGGGUAGUUUCAGAGUGGAUUUACUCCCCAAAUGUUUGCGUUUUGUAGCCAAUUAGGCCUCGAGUUUUAUGUAAACAAACCCUAAGACUGUUAUUGCAUUGAACGCUUAAACCCAGGUCUGGAGAACUGUGUCCAUUUCUACACUUUUUAUGUUACAAGAAGAAGAAGUUUUCUUCUUUUGUAGAGAUGUGAAUGUAAAUAUGUUUCUGUCCCUUAAGAGGGCCAGCUGUACAGUAUACGACAGACUAUCUGUGUGUGUUUGUUUGGGGGGGAUGUUGGGGUUGGAGGGGUUGGGGUGUUACAUGGUGCAGUAUGGGAGCUUCCAUGAGUUUUGAAUUAGUAGGGCAGGAAUGUUAGUGUUCCUCUGUGUACUAUCUUGGGUUGGGGAGGUUUAUUUUAGGUCCAUCCCGUAACCAUCGUGGGAGCUAGAAGCUCGAAACAAAGAAAGCUUCAAUCAGUAGCUGUAACACACGAUUUAAUCUGCACCGAUCUCAUUUUUACACUUUUUUUUUUGUUAAUGACACUUGACUUGUAUGUAUAUGUUGUAAUGUCAGAUGGAGGAAUUUUUAGUUUUCUCUCAGUAGUCAGUUUCUAGCUGGAACCUUUUGUCUGGGGGUUUCUUUGCACUGUGCUGUAAUUCUUUGACGGGACUCUUCGUCACGGGUGAGACCCUCUUUUUAUUAUCCCAGCGUACACAAAAAGUGAUCGGAUGAUUUCACGAUGACCUAUGCAUGCUCCAUGGACGUUAAUCAAUACAUUCGACGAGACAGUGUGUGUACAUAUAAAAAGCUGGCAUAGCAGUCUGUGUGACGAGCGAAAAGACUUGUUGAUAUGCCUUCUGGAAACUUUUUUGCCAAAAAUGAUAUGCCCUACCAGCAACUAACUGUAGGUGUGAUUUUUCUGAACUGUGUUUUUGUUACUAAGUUAUAUUUGACUGCACUCAUUAGAGGAGAAACGGUAGUCAUUGGUAGUAUCUUAGUCCUGUGUCUGACCUGGAGUGAUUUGUCUUUGUAUGGCCAGGGCAUUCACAUUGUUGUCAUACAGUCACUGAUUCACUAGCACCCUCUUGUGGAGGAAACUAGACGCUGCAACUCCUGGGUGACCUCAGCUUUGAGCGCCACAGAAUAGCUGACAAAAUGUUAACAGACUACUGUCUCCUGUUACUUAAACCCUGACGUACUGUUGACAUGUUUGUCCCACCCCCUGCAUGUGUUCGUGAAGAGCGGGAAACUGCUCUUUCUCUCUGUUUACACUGUUGUCAGAGCAUCACCAACAGGGAGGUAUAGUAUACAUAAUACUGUAUAUCUGUAAAGAGCGAACUCGUUUGGUGAUCCUACAAAAAAAAAGGGAAAACAGCUGUGACAUUACGAGACAGCCUGGAUGUAAAUAAAGAAGCGCUUGCCAAAGUUUGUAAAUGCCA